UUUUCGAAAACCCAAAAAGGAUGGUGGGCGCAAUGCCUGUUAAUUUAAUUCCAAAAUUUUGCAACGGUACCAUGGACAGUCACAAUGGUACAGACGGAGAAGAGUUUCAGGUUCAUAUUGGUAGUCGUAUCAAAUGCGGUGACGACUUUGGUACGGUGAAAUACAUUGGCGAAGUGCAGGGCUACAAAGGUAUUUGGUACGGCAUUGAAUGGGACGAUCCACCUAGAGGAAAACACGACGGUUCUGUGGAUGAGAUUCAAUAUUUCAAGACCUCUAAGCCUGGUGCUGGAUCCUUUAUACGUCCGAACAAAAUUUCUCCAUUCAAAACUUGUGCCGAAGCUAUUCGAAGAUAUUACGGCGAUCGUGAGGAUGAGACUGUGGCAGCUCACCGUAGAACAAUAAUCAAUGAGUGGAAAAGAGAAAUGGGCGCCCCAUUCAUUGAGAUGGUCGGAUUUGAGAAGAUCCAUCAGAAACAAAAAUUCGACCGCCUUCUUGAAGUAUGUGUACAUGAUCAAAACAUCGCGAAGGCGGGCGACGUGGCCUCUCUCUGCCCGAACGUACGAAGCCUCGAUGUCUCCCGCAACCUGUUUUCUAACUGGCGUGAGGUGAUACAGUUGUCUGCCCAGCUGCCUGACCUUACUGAGCUGGAUGUCAGCAAAAAUCGCAUGGCAAUAGACAUGCCCAAAGAAACUUUAACCCAGCUCUCAAUAAAUUUUGCCAACCUGAAAAAAAUCAACAUCUCCGUUUGUGACUAUGAAUGGUCCGACGUCAUGACCCUAUCGUACCUCUGGCCCAAUAUAAACGAACUUAUUGCAGCCUUCAACCGUAUAAGGAAAAUUUCUGUAUCAGAUUUUACACGUACAUUAAAUUCUUUGACUAUCUUACGCUUGGAUGGGAAUCCUAUAGACUCAUGGUAUGAUGUUUUGAAGUUGGGCUCCUUGAAAGAUUUAAAAGUGUUAAGUUUGAACGAUUGUUUUAUUGAGGAGAUAAGGUUUAACGAUAGCCCGGAAGACAAAGUGGAAGUUUUUGAAAAUUUAGAAGUUUUGUUUUUGAAUCGGAACAGGAUAAAUGAUUGGCAAUCUGUAAGUGAACUGGGGAAGCUGAAAAGAUUGAAGAAACUCUAUUUCCUAAAAAACCCUAUUCAGAACACUGAGGACUACGAUACUGGUUCGCAACUUAUUAUUGCGAAAAUUGACACUUUGCAGGAACUAAACGGCUCAAUAAUAACUCGAGAUCUUCGUCGCGGUGCCGAAUACGACUACUUGAAACGUUACGGUGCCGAGUGGAAAGAAGCGCAGAACGAUAUGAUGAAGAAACUCAAGUUCGACACAGAGCAUUGUCGGUUUGAUCAACUUGUCAACAAGUACGGCAUACCAGAAGACAGCCUCCUUGUAAAACAACCUAAAAGCACCACACUAACAUCACAACUAAUAGAAGUGAAACUAUACGACGAGAACGGCAAAUCGGUAAAGAAGAAAUUCCCAAAAAAUAUGGCAGUCCAGAAACUCGUCACACUUGCGCAGAAAUUGUUCUCAAAACCUGGUCACAUUGGUCAGCCAACUUUACACUUGGUUGAUGAGCAAAUGAAUGGUGCAACUCAUGUUUUAGACAACAUGAUGAAGGAUCUAGCGUUCUUUUCAGUCAAAAAUGGUAGUACCAUCCUUGUCAAAUUCAGAUAAACUGUGAUUUUUAUUGUGCAAUAUAAUAUGGCAACCCAAGGGGCUGUUUGUAAACUAUGCGUUACUGUUGGAAUAAAUAACGAUGUCCGAGUGUAAGUAAAAUAAUCUAUCAAAGGAAAAAAUCAAUAGAAAAAAAGGCAGUAAGUCCUAAUAAAAAUGUAUAUAAAUGCACUAAAAACGUUAUUUAUAUAAUAAUUAUGAAUGAAUUUAUAUAUGCCAUGCAUUUGUCAUGAGCAUAAUAUCGGUACUUCGGGAAGGAAAGGUUGUAAAAUGUUACAGCGUUAAACCUAAAAAAAUAUUAAUGUGUACUCAUGGACAUUAUAUUGGAAGAACGGUGGCUCUAAAUUGGCAUAGAGACGCGGUUUCGAGACCUGUCAGACCGAAGGAAUGUUUAUUUAUAUUAAUUGUUCCAACGAACUGUAGUAUGAAUCAAAACUUUGACGUCCAAAAUGUAAACAAAGAAAUGUCAUUGUAGAAGUGUGAAUGCAGGUGUGCUAAACCUUUUAUUGAAAUUGGAAAA